AUGGCUGGAAGGGAUAACAACUCCGGUAUGCGAUCGGUUCCAUCAACACCACCACCGACCUUGGUUGGUCUGUCGUCAUUGCACUCUGGUGCGGGUCCCUUCCAGGCCCCCUCCUUGCCCUCCACUGCUCCGACAUCGCUCACAGACUUGUCGUCCCCACCAGCCUAUCCCGGUGAUAGGAACACCAGCCCUUUUCGCACCCACCCGGUGUACUCACUGGAAGUCUUGAACAUUGAGGUAGAGGGCGUUCUUCUGCAGCUUCCAAAAGUGCCGUUCCUGGAGUACUCGGAUACAUUCGCUGAGCAGCAUGGAAUCCAAACCGGCGGCGGUAACAACCAAAAACCUGUCAAGCUCGACGUCGGACUCGAAGAGUUUGAAAGCUUUUUGAGCGCUUUCCUCUCUAGGUCCGUGUACCUUUGCCCGACCUUCACUGUCGCGUCGCUGACCCAAUCGUUGAUGUACACUAACUGA